AUGCCCGCAUCAGAUGAGGAUUCGGCAUUCUCUCCCCAGAAUGCCCCGCGUGGGCUUGAUCUCUCUACAAUGGAAACUGAUACGGUCAUCGUCGGCAAUGGGCCGUCGGCCAUGAUUCUCUCAUAUAUACUGCACGGUUAUAUCCCAUUCUACUCGUCCGACCCCCCACAUCCAGACCCAUUACUGGACGCCAAGUUGAAAAAUGCGCCCAAUCUCUUGAAUAUCAACGUAGACGUGCUGACCGCACAUUUCGCCGCCUCGCGCCUGUCAUAUUCCACCCAGGCUUUGCCCGUGAAUGUGCUGCUGGAUACCCUGGUACGACCCAGCCUCGAUAUUGAAGAGUCAGGCAACACUUCCAAUGUCGAGUGGCGAUAUAUGCCUGAAAAGGCUGUCUCACAUCUGAUUUUUGGCAAGUCGACCGACCCUGGAGGCCAAUGGACCGAACAUCCCCACGGGGCAAGCUGGGAUAUUCGGACCCUGAGCUAUGCUGCCAUGUUGUCGCUCCCCGGUUACUCCUUCGCGGACCAUCAUAAACGACAUACGGGCCAGGACCUGGCACCUUUCACACGACCUACGAGACGCGAAAUAGCAGAAUAUUUCCGCCUCUACCCAGCGGCAGUCAAUAUCGGCGAAGUUUUCCGGUGCGGAGAGGAGCUGAGUGACAUUUCCCGCACUGCGAAUGGUUUCUACAUCAAAUCACAUAAUCUUCACUGCAAGCGAUUGGUACUUGCAAGUGGUAUCUUCACCGAGAUUCUUCCGCCAGUCCCGAUCCUUCAGCCUCUCCUCCAAACUCAAUCAAAUCCUUCAGUGCCGCUGCUUGUCAUUGGCUCAGGCUUCUCCGCUGCCGACGCGAUCAUCUCCGCCGCGCCGAACCAAAAAAUCAUCCAUGUCUUCAAGUGGGCCCCCGAGGAUCGGCCAUCACCUCUGCGGGGCUGUCACCAACACGCCUACCCAGAAUAUGCCGGUGUUUACCGACUAAUGAAGAAGGCCGCUCUGGCUGGGGCCACAAAUCAACGACCGAAAUACCGUCGCGGCAGCUCGACCCCCUUCUUAGAAAGUCGCGAUUGGGCUGACGUCUACGAGGGCAUUUCCAACAUAGAGAUUACCGCUGUCGAAAUACAAGAUGGAUUAGCGCAUGUCACAUUUCGCCGACCGGACGGGUCCACAUUUUUGAAAUCUGUCCAGGGUCUUGUUUAUGCCGCUGGGCGGCGUGGUACCUUGGGGUAUCUUGAUAGCGAACUCCGCUCCGAAGUCCUCGGACAUAACCAUUCAGAUGAUGCCACCGUUUCGGCGCAGACUCUCCGUGCGAAGGCAAUUGAAGACUUGGAAGUUGCCCCGGGAGUGCAUAUCAUUGGAAGCUUGACUGGCGAUUCACUUGUGCGCUUUGCGUACGGAGGUUGUGCCUAUGCAGCGGGACGGCUCAUUGGAGAGCGAGAGGGCGACCUGGGAACCCGCAGCACCUGUAGUAGCAGAGUGUCGACUCGGCCCCAAUCCUCAUCCCUGCCUGUCAUGAAUGGGAUGGAUGGCCACGAUAUCUUCCCUAAUGAUAUGUCCGUGGUGACCCGAGACGAUACCCUGAGCAAGGUGUCAACGGCCGGAGUGCCAUCCACCCAGAGCUGGUGGAGGACAGUGACGCGUAUGUGGAAGGACUUCAUACGAUAA